UAAUUCGUUGAACCUUCCCAAGUUGCAAAUUUGAAUUAUAUACAACAUGGAGGAUUUCUAAUCUCUCUUUGUGUGGGUGCGGGUGCAUUAUUUCAAAUGUGUGACUUCCACCAAAAAUGAGUUACAUCCAGGGUAACAGGCCAAUCUACCAGGGCUCUGGAGACUUACCAAUGCCUUCGUCAAAGGAACAAACCCUGAUGUGGCAACAAAAUUCAUAUAUGGAUGACUCUGGAAUCCAUUCUGCAGGUGCUACUGCAGUUCCCUCACUGACAGGUAAGGAGGAAGAGGAUAUGGAUCUCUUCAUGGAUCAAGGAUACCAGGGUUUUACCCAAGACCAAGUUGACGAAAUGAACAAUCAGCUUAAUCAAACAAGAUCACAAAGAGUGAGAGCAGCCAUGUUUCCAGAAACUCUGGAGGAAGGUCAGUUGAGAAUUGAGAUACCAUCAACUCAGUUCGACCCUGGUCAUCAGACUGCUGUACAGCGACUUGCAGAGCCCAGCCAGAUGCUCAAACAUGCCGUGGUGAACUUGAUAAAUUAUCAAGAUGAUGCAGAUUUAGCCACAAGGGCCAUUCCUGAAUUGAUCAAGCUUCUCAAUGACGAGGAUCAGGUCAUUGUUUCACAGGCAGCUAUGAUGGUACAUCAGCUGUCAAAGAAAGAAGCUUCUCGCCAUGCCAUUAUGAAUAGUCCCCAGAUGGUUGCUGCUCUGGUUCGAGCUAUUUCUAAUUCAAAUGAUCUGGAAACAACCAAAGGAGCAGUUGGAACACUGCACAAAUUAUCACACCAUCGCCAAGGUCUUUUGGCCAUCUUCAAGAGUGGAGGCAUUCCAGCUUUAGUUAAGUUGCUGAGUUCUCCAGUGGAAAGCGUGCUUUUUUAUGCUAUCACCACUCUGCAUAAUCUGUUGUUGCAUCAAGAUGGUUCCAAGAUGGCAGUGAGACUGGCAGGAGGGUUACAAAAAAUGGUGGCAUUACUGCAAAGGAACAAUGUAAAGUUCUUAACAAUCGUUACAGACUGCUUACAAAUUCUGGCCUACGGAAAUCAAGAAAGUAAGCUCAUUAUUUUGGCUUCGCAAGGACCCAUCGAAUUGGUAAGGAUUAUGAGAUCCUAUGAUUAUGAGAAGCUUUUGUGGACCACUUCAAGAGUCUUAAAGGUAUGUAUUGUUCAUUUGAUUAUAUUUAACAAGUAUAAAUAACAUCGUUCCCAAAAA